UUAAGAAAAUUAUUACCUUAAGAUGUAAUUGAAGUGGUAUUGCUGCUUUUCAUUUCUUUUUUGUGUAAAAUUGUAAAAUUUAGAACGCAUAAAUCGAAUUAAAUCUACCGGAAGCAUUCAAUCUAUCGGAAGUACCGAAAAUUAAACAACUUACAGGCACGGCUUAGUUUCCCGCCAAAAUGUGAUGCCGCCAUAAUGAUCAUACUGCAUUUUCAAGCAUCAAACACAUUCGAAGUUUGAAAUAAUUUGAAAAGUGUUAUUCUUUGAAACAUAAUAGAUUUAACCUUAGAAAGCGUUCUUUGCAAUCAUAUUUCUAUAAAUUAGCAUCAUGUCACAGGAAAUGAACAUUUUACGCUGUUAUUCGUGUAAAACAUAUCAAGUUCACAUAGUCAAGAAAGCAAAGAAAUGGCAAUGCAAAAUAUGUAAUUUUAAACAGACAUUCAAACAGGCUUAUUUUAAAGGCUCAGGUAGAGAUUGUCGUUUUAUGGUUCAAAAAUUAAAUUUUAUGAAAGAACAUGAGAUUCAGGAGAAUAUAUCCUUUAGUGGAUGUAACAGUACUAAUGAUAACUAUAUGAAUAAUUAUCCUGAGAAACCAAAGCCAAAUAUAAAAGUUGAAAGCAAGUGGGAAAAAUAUUUAGAUACACCAGAAGAGAUUAGAUCUAAUACUUUUGAAGCUGCAGGUAGUCAGAACAGUAAUUAUAAGAAAUCUGAUGAUAUAGAACAUCUUGAUAAUAAUAUGAUGUACGAGUGUUCACAAAGUGAACACACAGAUAUAGAUAGCGAUCUUUCUUAUGAAAAUGAUUCUAAACAAGACCUUAUCUAUGAUAAUGAGGAAGAAUAUGAUAAUUUUAUACCAGAAGAAAUAGAUAAUGCACCAUGUAGCAAUGAUAAUAGCGAAAGUACUAAUUUGUGUAGCAAAAAUGCCACUGAAAUUAAAAGUGCAAAAAACAUUUUUGAUGACAAUGAAGAUUUAGAUCUUACUAUUGAUUUUUAAGUUCUGCAUAUCUAUGUUUGAAGUCAGAAAUGUUUUCUUCAUGCAUAUUAUUUUUCUAUUAAAGUUCCUGUUAAUUUAUGUAAAAGACAUUAAAAG